CUGACCUUUGCUUUCUCCUUGUUUCUUCUUGCCGUAAGUCCUCAUCCAGCGCCAGCACAACAAUAACUGUCUAUCCUACCCAACCGAACUCGCCGUUGCGCAGUCUGCGACACGGGGACACGAAACCCGGAUCCACAAUCGCACGGCCUGGCAUUUGGUGGCUUACACAGCUCGCCAAAAUCGAAGCCAAGACUGACUGCACAAGCCUCAAUCGCUCGAUUCAAUUCCCGGCUUCCCCUGCAUCCACCAAAUACGAGCUCGAUUCUAGUGUCUGUCGGAGGGCUCUUGCGUGAAGAGCAUCCCCAGGGACCCAACUUGCACCCCAUUUUGCCGCUUUCAGUCGAGAGACAGCAGUGCGACUUGCCCGCUUUUCACGAUGCCGGGCUUCGCGGAUUCCUUCUGGUCGAAUGACUACGCCGCAGGCCUCGGGGUCCUGUUUGGCAAGCUCCAGCAAGGUGUCAUCGAGAACCGCCAAGUGCUCACGGUGGCUCGAAUGCGCGCCGAGGCCGAAGAGCUCUACGGCCAGCGCCUUGCCGAAAUCGCUCCCGCCGUCGACAAGAUACAAGGCGGCUUUGGUCGCGACGAUGGAGCCAGCGUGCGGAAGGCGUACGACGGCGUGCGAACCGAGAUGGAGGAGGCGGCCAAGAAUCACAGGAAGAUUGCGCAAAACAUCCGAGACCUGGUCGUGAACCCGUUCUCGCGAUGGUGCGAGGCCCACGAGACCCGGAUACAGGACUCGCAGGAGGAUCUCCAGGCGAGAAUCAAGAGCCACGACAAGCAAUCCGAGGCAGUCAAAAAACUGAGGAGCAACUACUUCAACAAGUGCCGUCUCGUUGAGGACCUCGAGGAAGAGAACAAGUUAGCCUUUCAAGAUCCCGAGACGAGCCCGAAGCCGAAGCAGCCCAUCCCUGAGAUCAACGUGGAGAAGGAACCUGAGGACGACGACAACGAGCCCUACGAGAUCGGCGACGAGACCUAUGGCCCCGAGCAGGUCAAGGCUAUUCUCGCGCACAUGCUUGGAAACAUCAAGCUAGGGGAAACAAAGGUCCCGAUUCUGGGCCUCUACCAGAACACGUCGGCAGGCUCAGACAUCGUGGAGUAUCUACAGCGGAACAUGGGCAGCUCGAGCGUCAGCUAUGCCGAAAGGAUCGGCCAGGAUUUGAUAACGCACGGCUUCCUACGCUUGAUUGGCAACGUCGGAAACACAUUUGCCAACAGUUCCAAAAUGUUCUACCAGUGGCGGCCCAAGGCGUUCCAGGUCGCUGGAGUUCCGGAGAAGAAAGUGAUAUCGCGGACAUUCUCCCUGCCCGCAACAGACGGGACCGACUCGCCGGUCGGCGCGGUAAGCGAGUACCUCGCCAACUGGAACGUGCUCAAUACGUCACGCCCAAACGAGUCGCCGGCCGAGCGGAUGCGCCGAGAGGCCAGAGAGUCGGACGAGAGGUACAAGGCUGCGGUCCAGAAGCUUGAUGAGAUGCGCUGCGCCCUUGAAGAGGCCAUCCUCGUACACCUCAAGUUUCUCGAGCGAUGCGAGCUUGAUAGGCUCAAGGCCGUCAAGACUGUGGUGUUGGAUUUCUCAGGAACCAUCAGCAACGUAAUUCCUAGCCUCCAGGCCACGGUUGACAACAUGAUGCUCUACCAGGAGACGGUGCAGCCACUAGGCGAUCUCCGGUACCUCUUGGAGAAUUACCGGACGGGUCAUUUUGCGCCAAAGGUGGUGAUUUACGAGAACUACUACAACAAAGUCGACGAACAGACGUUUGGUGUUGACCUCGAGCCUCGCGCUCGGGCGGACAGGAAGCGCGUGCCUGUCAUUAUUACCAGUCUCCUGACCUAUCUGGACCACCACUACCCUGAUCUCGAGGGCGAUGAAGCUCGGCGGGGGGUGUGGCUCCACGAAGUGCCCCUUGCUCAGACACACAAGCUAAGAGCCAAGGUGAACAAUGGAAAGCCACCCUCUCUCGACGUGUUUGCCGAAUUCGACAUCCCUACUGUCGCGAGCCUCUUGAAGCUCUACCUCCUUGAACUCCCAGACUCGCUGGUCUCGUCUCACGUUUACGAGAUCAUCAGGACCAUUUACACAACCCCUACGGCCGACACCAACGACGCGGCCCGCGUAUCGGUACUACAGCAGACACUCUCGCAAUUACGACUUACUAAUAUCGCGACCUUGGAUGCUUGCAUGAAUCAUUUCACGCGCUUGAUUGACCUUACGUCAGCUGGCGAGGAUUAUGUCGCUAAGCUAGCUACUGGCCUCGCCCCGUGUAUUCUGCGGCCACGCACCGAGACGUCGCUCACGAUGGAGGAGAAACACGCGUACCGGCUCGUCCGUGAUCUGUUUACACACAAGGACGCCAUAUUCAGCGAGCUGAAGCGCAUGUCGACGCUGAGCUCAUCUGGGUCGGUGACCGGAAACCAGAACCGCCCACGGGCGAUCUCGACUGACGAGAGCAACCGGAAGGCACACAUGGAAGAGCGUAAUCGAGCGCUCCUAGAAAAGGCAGGCGGCAGCCGAAGCAGGGGGACAUCGCCGGCGCCAGGUCCGCGCGGUCACCGCCGCGAUAAGAGCACAGGCGGUCCCGAAACGCGGUUCCCUAUCACGCCGAGCCUUACAAGCCCUACUUCCAAGAGGCAGAGUCUGGGGCCUAUCCUGCCAAAGAGGACGAGCCUUGAAGUCCCCGAUGAUAUCAGCAUGGGUCUCAGUCACCCUGCCGAUGGUAACUUGAACCUGGGUGCGCCCGCAUCGACAACCUCGCCCACCCCGGCGGACCCAGUGGCCAAGAUCGAGAGCGAGAGUGUGCUUGAGAAGAGGAACAGCCUGGGACGCAGCGGUCCUGCUCACAGAGCACGCUUUUCUGAAGGGCGCCGUCUCGCACAGCCUUCGACUACAGCGGGAUCAGAGAAUGCCUCUCACGGUGUCACUCUUGUGGACGCGCCAAUGGAUUACUAGUAAUAAUAUGUUGGGGCUACUGCUGACGACUUGAAAUGACGGAGGCUGGAAUGAAUAAGCGACGCUGGCUAUUAGCUAUUAUUGCCAUAUGGGCAUUGUGCAAAUAUCUAUACCGGUCAAACCAGCCUUUUUUUGUCUUGCUAGGUUUAGCUUUCCUUUUUUUCUGUCUUGUGUGUUUUACAUGUCGUACUCCCUCUGGUCCUUUUUGGGAGGCCAGUGGAGGGGCUUGGGGUUCAGACGACUAUUGUCUACAUGUCACGGUUCCUUGUCUAUUUCCCUGGGAGUGGCUUGCGACCUAGAUUAUUUACAGACUUAUUUACCUAACCAUUUACAUAUCAUCUAA